GGGCGAAGCGAGCUGGGGCUUGUCUUCCCCUUGGAAAUGUGUGUGUGGGGCUGGUCGGGGGAUGAUGGGCCUCGGAGUGCGUGGAGCCCAGGCCGAAGGGCGCGGGGAGCCUGGCUGGCUGGCUGGAGGGGGAUGCGACGUCGCGACAGCUCCAGAGCGGGAUAGAGUUUCAGCGGCUACUAUAUAUAAAGCGGGCCGGGCCCCCUUAUGUCACCGCGCUAAUUAAAUUCCGUCGGGCGGCUCUUCUGCUUCUCUUCCCGACUCUUUUCUUUCUCUCUCUUUUGGGGAACCGCUGCUCCUCUGCUCCUCGGUCUCUGUCUCCUUCUCGGGGGCUUCUUUGGGGAGACCCUCGCUCGCCCCCCCCCCCCCCAGGCGCAGCAUGAUGAUGGACCUCUUUGAAACCGGCUCCUAUUUCUUCUACUUGGACGGGGAGAAUGGCGCCUUGCAGCAGCUGGACGUGGCCGGGGAGGGCUCUCCGCUCUACCCGGGCAGCGAAGGCACCCUCUCGCCGUCCUCCUGCCAGGACCCCCUGGGCGCCGAGGCCGGGAUCGGGGAAGGGGGAGGCCGGGGCAGCGAGGGGAGCAGCCCCGCCGGGGAGGCGCACGUCCUGGCCCCGCCGUGCCUGCAGGCGCCCCACGGGCCGGGCCAGUGCCUGGUCUGGGCCUGCAAGACCUGCAAGCGCAAGUCCGCGCCCACCGACCGCCGCAAGGCCGCCACGCUGCGGGAGCGCCGCCGCCUCAAGAAGAUCAACGAGGCCUUCGAGGCGCUCAAGCGGCGCACCGUGGCCAACCCCAACCAGCGCCUGCCCAAGGUCGAGAUCCUCCGCAGCGCCAUCAGCUACAUCGAGCGCCUCCAGGAGCUCCUCCACCGCCUCGACCAGCAGCAGCAGCAGGACAAGAGCCAGGAGGCGCUCCUCACCAACGGAGCAGCAGCAGGAGGGAGCGUCCAGGCCUUCGCCUUCAGCCCCAAGGCGGGGAAUAUGCCAUCAGCACCUGACUUCCUGAGUCCCUGGCCCAGUGGGGCAGAGCAUCACCGGGCCUUGACCAAUGGACCCACCUCCAAAGAAGGGCUUUCCCUCCUGGACUCCUCCGCCUCCAGCAGCCUCCGCUGCCUCUCCUCCAUCGUGGACAGCAUCUCCUCGGAAGAUCACAAAGUCCCCAACGGGGAGGAAGUGGCGGAGAAGUAGGAAGCCGGUCGUAUUUUUGGAAACUGGACGGUGUGCAAGGGACUGUCGAUCCCCUUCGCCCUUUCCACUAAAUCGCGAAUUAAUUUAAUCUCCUGGAAACCCUAGAAGGGAGCCGGGCAGGCGUUUGGUGACAAGGCGCUCGCAGCUGAACAAAUAAAAAAGGCAUCUUCUUGAAAGGGAAACCCGCCCUUCAGUCGAGGGUACGGUCCCGCUUCGCCCCCCGGGCAUUGGGAUUCAAACCUCAAGUUGCCCUUCCCUUCCUCUCCUUUGCAAAUUAAUAUAUUUUGAUCUCG